UCCGCGCACCGACAGCUCUCGGCUCUCAGCUCUCGGUUCUCGGCUCUCGGCUCUCAGGAGCCUGGGUCUGGCUGGGAAUGAGAAGUUAAAGAGAGCCAGGGCUGGGAGGCGCAAACCCCAACAAGAAAUCUAGGGAGCGAAAGGAGAGCGACGGUGAUCUUGAGCCAAGACAUCAGGCCAAGUGGACCUGGAGGAAAUGUCAUCGUUGGUAAAGGAGGACUUGGAGAAGAAACUGUUUAAGCCGCUCUCGCAGAAUCUGUACGAGUUUAUUGAGAUCGAGUUCUCGGUCCAGGACAGGUAUUACCUCUGUGUGUCAGUGACCAAAAAUGAAGAAGUAAAAAUAAUCAUGGUGAAACACUACAGAAUAGGUUUAGAUGAAAAAUACGAAGUGACCAAAAAGUGGUCUUUGAACGAUCUGCAGAUGAUUGAUGGAAAAGAAGCAGAUACCGACAAUCCAUUUUUUGAUCUGCAUUUCAAGAAAGUGUACAGUUUGGAAGCAUACAGUUGUGCUUCUAAAUAUGCCUUUGCUCGAACUGUAAAUAAGCUGAAUCAUGCAUACCUUAAAAAGGACUUACGGAUUGUGAACUUUGAUUCUACUUACAUUAAUGAUGAUUCCAUUUGGUCCUCCAACAACAAGGAUUGCUUGGUUCUUAUGAGAAUAUGCUUUUAUGCUUUCAAUCUAGUGUGCUUAUCCCUGUGUCCUCUGCCACUCUGAGGAUGUAUACCAUGUUCCUCCACCAGUGUUCUAUGAAGAUGGUUCCCUAGGUAAAUACCGAUAAUCAUGAUUUUGUCUUUCCCCUUCAUCAGUGACUAUGAUUUAUAUGAAAAUGAAGUGAUGCUUUGUGAUUUGCCGUGAAAUGUGUUCUAAUGUAAUCAUUCAACAUUUGGGACUUUUGCUUGUGCACUGCUUGGUAACUUUGAAGGACCUGGAUGGUUUUGCCUCAUUUGUAUUCUACUAAAAAGUAUCAAGAAGUAUCUUGAAAGGCCUAAGUAAAUGGAAAGACAACCAUGUUCAUGGAUAAGAAUUAAUUUUGUCAAGAUGUCUGUACUACCCAAAGCAAUCUACAGAUUCAAUGCAAUCUCUAUUAAAAUUUCAACAACAUUUUUAGCAGAAAUGGAAAAGUCGAUCCUCAAAAUCAUAUGGAUUUGCAAAGGGGCCUGAAUAGCCAAACAAUCUUGAAACAGAAGUCCAAAGCUGAAGGACUCACAUCUCCCAAUUUCAAAACUUACUACAAAACUACAGUAAUCAAAACAGUGUGGUACUGGCAUAAGGAUAGCCAUAUAGACCGGUGGGAUAGAAUUGAGAGUUCAGAAAUAAAUCCAAACAUCUAUGAUCAGCAGGUUUUUGACAAGGGUGCCAAAUACAUUCAAAGAGGAAAGAAUAAUCUCUUCACCAAAUGGUGCUGCAACAGCUGAAUAUCCCCAAGCAAAGGAAUGAAGCCCCUGUCUUACACCAUAUACAAAAAUCAACUUAAAAUGGGUUAAAGACUUAAAUAUAAGACCUGACACCAUAAAAUUACUACAAGAAAAUAUAGUGGUAGAUCAUCAGGACCUUGGAUUUGGCAAUGGAUUCUUAUGAAGUCAAAAGUAUGAGCAACAAAAGAAAAAAUAGAUUGGACUUCAUCAACACUGCUUUUGUAUCAAAGGACAUUAUCAAGAAAGUGAAAAACAAACCUACAGAGUGGGAGAAAAUAUUUGCAAGUCAUAUACCUGUUAAGAGUUUAAUACCCAGAAUAUAUAAAUAACUCCUACAACUCAGUAUCAAAAAAGACAACCCAAUUAAAAAAUGACUCAAAUAGACAUUUUUCCAAAGAAGAUAUACAAUAAGCACAAGAAAAGAUACUCAACAUCUUUAGUCACAAGGAAAUACAAGUUAAAGCCACAAUGAGAUACUACUUCACACCUCCUAGGAUGGCUUUAAAAACAAAAACAAAACCAGAAAAUAACAAGUAUUAUCCAAGACGUGGAGGAUUGGAACCCUUAUAUGUUGUUGGUGGGAAUGGAAAAUGGCACAGUCACUGUAGAAAACAGUUUCACGUUUCUUCAAAAAGCUAAACACCAAAUGACCCAGAAAUUCCACUCCUACGUAUAUACUCAAAGGAAUUGAAAGCAGGGGUUUGAAUAGAUGUUUGCACAGCAAUGUUCUUUGCAGCAUUAUUCACAAAAGUCAAAAGAUGGAAACACCCCAGGUAUCCAUAAACAGAUGAAUGGAGACACUAAAUGCAGUUAUCCAUACAGUGGAAUAUUUUCCUGCUGUAAAAAGCAAUGAUGUUCUGAUACAUACUACAAUAUGGAUGAAUGUUGAAAAUAUGCUAAGUGAAAUAUCAGACACAAAAGAACAAAUAUUGUAUGAUUCUACUUACAUGAAAUAUCUAGAAUAGGCAAAUUCAGAAACAGAAAGUAGGUAAGAGGUUAUCAGGGACUGGAAGGAGGCAAAAAUGGGGAGUUUGCUGCUAAAUGGUUACAGAGUUUCUGUUUGGGAUGAAGAAAAAGGUUUGAAAUAGAUGAUGGUCAUGGCUGUACAACACUGAGCAUGUAAUUAAUACUGCUAAAUUGUACAUUUACAAGAUGGUCAGAAAGGUAAAUUUAAUGUUAUUUAUAUUUUACCAUGAAUAAAAAAGUAAUAAUGUAAUAUGC